CGGAAGUCGUUAUAGAUUCGAAGAAAUAUCCAUUUUACAAAAACAAAGACGUGCCGAGUACGUCCGCCUUGAAAUACGUCGUAGAUCCCAGAACAAUACCGAGAAAGACCUCGCGCGGGAUGGAAUUCUACGAUUCUCGAAAUGCUUACAGGAAGUGCGACGAGGUGGAAUCUAACGUGGAUGAAGUGCUGCCCGAGAAAGAGGAGCCAGAUCCCGAACGAGGUCCACGAGAGAAUCUACCGCGUCUUCGUGGUCUGGGAGACAAGCUGGACUGCUUCAAGGCUAAGUACUUCGACGAGAAUCCUCUCGACAAUCCGCUAUUCGCCGAGGAGCUGAUCGAAGAGCCGACUCUGCCGUCGGAAUUGGACCCAGCAAAAUUUGCUUCGAGGAUCAUGGUGCUACCUAAAGACAACGAAGAGAACAUCGUGCAUCGUGUCUCGAAGAAGCCGGAAUACAGCGAUCGUCAGUGGCGAAAUCGACCAUACGAGACGCAUGAGUCGAUACACAUCAAUUAUAAGCACGACCCACAAACCGGAAGAGGCAGGAACGCGUAUCUGCAUACCGUGCGAGGCUCGAGGCCGCCUAAUUCGGUACACGGAUCGAAGAAUCGAAAAUUGAAGCCAAAAACGUCCAAAAGCGUCAUUACGCAGUCGCUAAAAACAUAUCAGACUCCGUCUUAUCAAAACCAGGUAUAUGAGGAUGUGAUGGGCAAUAUCAGAAACAUGGCGAACGCUUAUCAGGUCUACGAGAUAACCACCUUGCCAUCGACUAUACAGAACUUGGCGACUGCCGAUAGUAAGAAAACGUUAAAGAUUACGAACGUUUUGCCGAAUUCUUCUUCGGAGGAAAACAGUACGUCGUUGGAUGACAUUGAUGAUAUUGACAUUGAUGACGUUACAGAUGUCACGAGCAACACGAAAUCGUCGGAGAUCAAAGGACUAGUGCCACCUCCGAAGUAUUCAGCUCCGCGAAAAACGAAUUAUAGAAAGUACAGACCACCGAAUAAGAGAAGAGUGUUUCUGAGAUCUUCGAACGUUCCUCGUAUUAUCGCUCAUCGUCAUACCAUUAAGAUAAAUAAGCGCAGCACGACGAAUGAUAACGCAAAAAAUUCCUCUGAAAGUACUAUUAAUAAAAAUGAAAAGACUACAACUAUGAAACCUGCAAAAAUUAAUGUCGGAAAUGAUACCGUCGUAAAAUCGAUAGAAGAAGCGAUGAAUAAAACAAACUUGAUGCUUGAAAUGGAUUUGGAUAUCGAGGAGAGUAGACAAAUUAACACACAAGGUCAAAAUUUGACGAAUAUGAAAAUCGACGAUAAGAAGAGACGAAGAAACUCAGCGAAUAACGAGACGAGCGAACCUUCUCACAAAAUCAUUUACACAAUCAAAGAUCGAGUCAAAUACUCGAAACCUAAAUGGGACGUGGGUAGAUACGGUAAGUUUACAACGAAUUCAAAAACGGUGGAUGAAGACAGCAGGCGAAAAGAGCCUCGGUAUAAUUAUUCCAAAAGAAAGAAGAAGCUGGACAACGAUUGGCGAAACAAUUCUACGAUAAUGAAUUCGACCGAGAGCACAUUUGGAAUUGAAAAUAUAACUUCGAUACCAACAGAAAGUGGGGAAAGUAGCACGACCGAAGUGUAUCGUGCAGAAGAAUCUGUUAUGCAUCAAAUAAUCUACAGAAACGAUAAAUAUCCAGAGCGAAAAGAGAGCGUCGAUGUUGAAUCUGCGGAGAAUGUCGAGGAUGAAACAGAAAAUACGACAAACACGUAUCAAGUCCGCGAAGACAUUGAGGAGCAUGGUUCCACAACUACGAAGAGAUCGACGAGUUCUUCGAACUCGAAGGAAGUCCUCGACCUACAAAAAUACUUGGCAUCUGAUCCACCAGGAUAUGCAGAAACAUUCUCCGAGGAAGCGACGACGUUAUCGAGCAAAUAUCAUGCAGACAUAAAUCAUGAGUUAGAAGACAACGACAAAAAGGAAGACGAAGAGAUUGAUUAUCCAAAAAAUGUGGCGAAUACAUGGGAUGAUGAUUCCUCCGAGAAAAUUGAAGAGCAAGUCGAAACGCCGAUGAAGAUGGAAUCGUUUGUGCGAGACGACGAUUCAAAGGAACUUUCUUCGAAAGAAGAAGAAGCUUCUGACAAGGAUCAGACAUUUUUCUCGUAUAAGAAACGACCAUCAUCGGCUGAAAAAGAAAAGGAUAACAAAGACUUCGAGAAAGAAUCGUUUUAUCGUCCAUUUCCAUUUUCAAGAUACAAGUCAAAAUUUAAAAAGAAAAGUGAGGAAGAUGAUUCCGAAGAGGAGAGCGAGGAAAGGAAUGAUGAUUACGUGUUUCCUUGGCACGCCGAUAAAGAUAAGAAAGACAGGCGCAAGUGGUUACAGAACUUUGACAGAUACGAAUAUCCUUGGGAAAAGAGAGAGAGACUGGCAAGGGAGCGACGAAGGAAACGGAAACAAGCGGAUAGGCUUAGAGAGUUGAUUUUUGGCGACGAAGACGAAGAAGAAUCUAUGAGAUACGAUAGACCCAUUUAUCCUUGGGAGAGAUACGAUGUUCCCUCCAAGACUCGCGUGAACACGCGUAGACGCGAUAUUUCACGCAAAUAUAUCGACGAUAGCGAAGAAUCUACCACCGAGAGAUUGCCAUUUGCGAAAUUCAGCAGCAAAUAUAGUUCCAGUGACAGAGUAGAACCAUCCCUUAACGCGAAAGAGAUUAGUCGGUCCAUUAAAAAAAUUUUGGAGGAAGAUGAAGAUGAAAAAUUCAAAGAGAAAUCCUUGAAAAAAAGCGUAGACAGCUCUCCUUUACCCGCACGGAAAUCAUUACCAUCCAGAGGAAUGCUCGUACCGGAAGACAUCACGCAGCCGCCAAGAAAAAAAAGUAGACGAAGAAAAAUCUCUCAAGUAGAGAAGAACACAUCGAAUAACUCGUCCUUUGAUUCGAAAAAAUUAAAAAGCCCAGAGAUCAUUAGUAAAGAAGAGGAAGAAAAUUCAAUGAUGGAAUAUCAGAAGCUGAAUAAAAGUAACGUAGGCGACUUAGAGUCAAAGACAUCGAGUCAGUUGUUCAACAGCACAAAAGAACCUUCUUUUGCGACUGAAUCACAUAAGAAAAAUCGACAAAGAAUCUCGAAGAAUAAUUCUACGAUUUCGUUCAAUAACACAUCUGCCGAGCCUAUUUUUGAACCUGUCAAAAAACGACGCAGAAAAUCUCAGGCAUUAAAACAUCAAGCGUCAGUUUCGCCUUCGCCGAGCGUUGACCUUGACACGAGUAAGUCAGUUUUCACACCCGUUCGAAGGAAAUAUUCCAAGGCAGACGAGUCUACAAAGACAAAUACGUCGGAUUCUUUCAAAAAGAGCAAUACGGUUAAAACGAUAGAAACUGACAAUCUCGAAGCUGAAACUUCAACUCCGAAAACGCGAACGGUCGAACAUCGAUCGAAAGUUUCGAAAGAAAAAAUCGUCACGAAGAUCACUUAUCCGAACGAAGCAGAGAGCUUUUAUCCCGCAAACGUGACAUUCGCUCAAAAAGAACCGAAGGAAAAAUUAAAAACCAAAUCGAAACGCAGAAAGAAUAUUAAUAAACGAAAAGAUAAUAAUAAGAAUUCAAAUGAUAAAGAAAAGUUGAUAGAAGAAAAAGCUGAGGAAAGAGAUUAUGGUAUUAAAAUAGUUAAUACAGAUGAGAUCAAAAGUUCGGCAAUACCAGAAAAAUCUUCCGUCAAUAAUAAAGAUUCUGUCAAAAGUUCUGAGAUAAGGAAGGAUGAAGCUGAAAAGAUAAAUGAUUAUAAUAUUUACGAUGGAAUUAAUGAUAAAAACCAUAGUGAUAAUGGUAGCUUUUGGUCGACAGAGGCCUACGCAGUAAGCAAUCUAUUGCAAAAUAUUCCAUUUAAUCGAAUAAGAAAUCAAGCCGAUGAGAAUGAAUCAAGUAGAAUAAAUGAGGAAUGGAAAGAGCAACAUGGCAAUGAGACGGAAAAAGGGGAAAAAGACACGGAAGACAGAUCCUUAUUACCAGCCAAGUUUAUAAAAGAUCCGGAACACAGGCUAUAUUAUUAUGUAGAACGUAAAUAACUACAGCUAAGCAAUUUACAAAAAGACAUUUUUAAUUUUAUUUUAUUAUAAAAUAUAAUAAAUAGUGACAUGUGAAGCUAAUCUUAAAAUAGUUUUAGAUAAUUAUACAAAAUUUAUUUACAUUUAAAACUUAUAAUCAAUUUUAUCUUUUUUUAUUUCAUUCAAUAACAUAUAAGUAAACUUGAUCAGAUUUUUUAAAAAUUAGAAAUUGUCUGAAAUUUAUUUCAAAGCUUUGAUUAUUUAUUAAGAAAACAGAAUUUAUUAUAAAUUUUCGCAAAAGAAUUUUUAUAAAAAAAUAAAAAAUUUUAUUUUAAUAUAUAUAAUAUGUUUAAUUUUUGCAAUAAUUACAUAUACAUUACAUUCACCGCAAAAUAUUUUAAUAACUAUGAUUGUGAUAAAUUCUAUGGUAAAUUUUAAAACUAAUUAAUCACUAUUCUCUAGAGAAAGCGCAUUUUAGAUAUGGAUGAUUAAAUUCAGUUCAGACGAAGGUGUUGUAAUAGUUUUUUCGGAUCAGUAUAUAAUUACAAUGUAUAUAGUACAGAAUACCUUACUUAGUUAUAAACAAACGUUACAGAAGGAUUGCAUAAAUCGUCGUAUAGUUCUUUUGUUGGCAAGACUAAGAAAUCGUGUGAAACAUUGGAGAAAUUAUAUUUUCUGCCAUUUGGGAUAAGAAAAAUUUUCUAUUCGCUCAUUCGAUUCAUAGUGCACCGACAAUUGCCAUUUUUUUUUUAGUCUGAUUGGCGAUACAAUUCAUCCGCUUUCGAAAUAAAACCUUGGAUUUAUCUUGGCGCUGAAAUCAUUCUCACGGAAUUAUUCGAUGAUAUAAGCGUGAAUAUUGCAAUUUUGUUACAAUACUUUGUUUUGUUAAACUGUAAUUGAUUAUAAUACGUAAUAUUCUAUGCAGAAGAGAAAGCAAAUUAUUUAACGGGAUUUAUUUUCUCUUAAUGGCUUGCAAUAAUUGUUCUGUAAAACGACUAACGUAUAAAAUGUGUAAUUUAAUUUAAAAAUACAAUAAUUUAUUUUAUAUAUUCAAAUAUUAUAAUUUAUCUUAAUGAAAAAAUCUUGCAUAAUAUUUUUACUAAUAUCUUAUUAAUAUCUUUUAUUAAAAACUAAUUUUUAAAAGCGCUUUCUCUCGUUACAAACACUUUUAAUCGAAUUGUAUCAGUUAUUUUUAAUUAUAAUUAUUAU